CGGAUAUGUAUGCACAGUGCCCACCGGCCAGCGCAAUAGCCGAGACCUAAGAGCCCGCGGAACGCCCGCAAUGUCUGCAACAUCGCGCUGGCCUUCCUCUGGGCUCGCUGUCUUCGCGGCCUUCAUCGCAGCCCUGUUAUCACCAAGCUUGGCUUUGGAAAUACCACCACAGGCGUCUGGGCCCACCUGGCCACCCAGACCGCCCAGGCCCCCGCGCCUUCCCCUGGCACCGCCUGCAGGCACAGCAGCUCUUCCCACCCGGCCUCCUCCUCCAGCCGACCCCUCGACAGCUCCUCCGGUAUCAGCCACAACCCCCACGGCAGCGGACGCUCCCGCACUUCCCCCGCGACCUCCUAGACCCCCAAGGCUUCCACGUGCUCCUUCGCCGGCGCCGGCAACGCCACCACCUGCCACGGUCGGCAGUCCGCAGCCGAGUCUGUUGAAUGGAACAUUUGAAGCGACAAUGACACGGCCUCCCGCGCCCCCUUCCUCGCUCCCAGCUUCCCUGCCCUCGCCAUCACCGUCGCCGCCACCACCCCCUCCUGGUCCCUCUCCGCCUUCACCAGCCGCUCCCCCGCGCCCACCGCCUCUGCCACCCUACCCACCUGAAGAGCUCAAUGUCCUGCCCAGCGGCCCCUUCCCCUGCGCCUGGGCCGAGCUAGGUGGCGAGGACACACGCGUGCGGCGCUUCCUGUUCCCGCCCUCCCCCGACCCCAGUCUCGCAAACAUCCCCGGCCUGCAGUACAGCGUCGAGGCCGCGGGCGCCCAGCCGUCCACACCCGUGGCCGUGUGCGCCACUGCCGCCGCCUGCGCCACACCCCAGGCCGCCGCGGCGGCAGCAAGCAGCGGGGCGGCGCUGAUCCUGCCCUCUCCCGCCCCCAUCACCUCAUCAGCCCUGCCCCCCCUGGCCAACGGCACGCGGGCCCUGGUGGCGGCGGCAGACCACCCCGACGGCGUGUACGCACUCGCGGCCUCGGACGGCGCCGGCACCGCUUAUUCAGUGGACGUGUGUACCCGUGUGCCGGCCGACACACGCUGCCCUGACUUCUUCGGGGUCAUGUCUGUGAUGCGCCCCGCAACCGCGCUGCCAGCCGCCACCAACACCUCCGCCGGCGCGCCCUACGGCGCCAUACGCAGCCCGGUGACCUGGACCGCCGCCGCCGCCCAAGCCGCCGCCGCCGCCGCCGACUCGCCCCUCGCUGUGCUGACGUCGGCUUGCACGCCCCCGCCCGGCGUGGAUGCCUCUCGCAAGCUGGUCUACUCGUGGGGCUGGGACUUUUCCGGCCUGCCGCCCAGCCUCGCCGCCUCAGGUUUCGUGGCGGUGUACCGGCGCUACCCGCUCACACGCAUGGCGCCGGGCAGCUACAACGUGCAGAUGCUCAAGCCCGCGGCGGUGCGGCUGGCGGUGAUUGUGCGGUUGCUGGACGCGAACCCGGACGUGGCGGGCACGCCGCUGGGAGUGCGCGAGGUGGUGACUGUGGGCGACAGUCCCAGCUUUGUGGUGCCCGGCGGCAACGUCACGGACCUGACGUUUGUGUUUGUGGUGCCGCCUGUGGCUCAGCUAGACAAUGUGGCAGCCAUGAGUGCGGCGAUCAGUAUGGCUUGGCGCCCCGCACCGCCGUCGCCGCCGCCAGCGCCACCUUUGCCGCCGUCGCCUGCGCCGCCCUCACCCCAGCCGCCGUCGCCCGAGCCUCCCAGCCCCUCGCCGCCGCCGCCGUCGCCACCACCCCUGCCACCGACGCCGCCGCUCCCGCCGUCGCCGCCGCCGUCGCCGCCGCAGCCUCCCUCUCCGCCACCUGAGCCCCCGGCACCGCCGUCGCCGCCCCCCGGCAAUGUCCAGCGCGGGCAGGAGGGGGCUGCCACCUGCCGGGGCGGCGGGGCUCCCGGCUGGGGGCUGUCACUGUCGCUGCUGCUGGCGGCGGCGGUGGCAUCAUGGGCGCGGGCAGGGUUGUAGCGGACUUAGAAAUGCUCUGGCCAUUAGCCGGUAGUGACGUUAGUUUUAGUGACAGGCCUAUGGGAGUGCGAUGGGAUAGGUAUGGGUCAGGGGCAGGUUGCUUGGCGUCAUCCUGUACUGUGUCGCAUGUUCCCAGACCCCAAUUAACAUCCAAGUCAAGUAAGGCAAGAGCGCGCGACUAGUGAAACGCAGGAGCUGCUAUACCGAGACAUUGCUGACUUGCUGCUGCUGGUGGGCGAGUAGUGACAGGCCUAGGGGAUCUAGGCUGAAGCAGGGAGGGCUGAAAUGGCCACUGAGGUAGUGAGUUGCGUUGACUGGCAGGGUGGUGAGAAGGUAGACAGAAGCAGGGAGCAUUUGCGCGGCGAUCCCACAAACUAGAUCAGGCGUGCGCCUUAGCCAUUCAUUGCUGCCGCCGGUGUCGGGUUCGUCAAUUAUGGC